GUACAGUCCCGUGAUUCACCUGUACAAUAACACACCUGUCUAGCAGUAAGAUGAAGCACCUGACGCUACCUGUUCACGUCUUCGCCCUCUUCGCUGUCUGUUACGGACAGCAACAUUGCUGCUACCCUGACCAGUACGACCUGAGGGAGUCGGAGACAGGGUGGAACUAUGGGCCGGUGGGAGGGGUGUCGUCUUACCGAGGGUCCCGGCAUGUUGUGUACGACUUCGUCCACAAGAAACUGGCGAUUGAGGAAAGAACGGACUCCGGUGGUGUCCGACAGUACUAUAAGAUGAUUUACGACUAUCCAGAGGGUGCCCAUUAUCUAAUCAUGGGGACGGACUGCUUUAAAACCAAACUAACAGGAGACAUGAAACAACACUGCAUCCCAGGGCAAGCAUCCCAUGUCGGUUCGUACGUGUACGGUGCCGGGGACUCGGGUGUUCUGGUGGACGCGUUCCUGUUCCAGGUGAAGGGGAACGUCACGUCUCACCGGGAAGUCACCAGGGCGGGCUGUCUACCCGUCCGCGAGCUGCACACGCAUCUGGAGCCUGAUGACAAGACGAUUUCCAUGCAGUCGUUCACGUAUGAAAACGUCACCACCACAGUUGAGGACCCGAGUGUGUUCACACCUCCUGUUCCACCAUGUCCACCCAGACAUCAGUUCACACAGGAUGUCCAAGAUCCUGAGCUGUUGCAGUGGAUUGAAAAGACGAAAAGGGAGCAGCGAAUUUCAGAUCCUCCCCGACUCUGAAAGAAACCAUAUCUGUAACUAGCUUCAGUGCUACACGGGUGCACAAGACCAAUAUAGCCGUUUAUUAAACACCAGCUCGACCAUACUGUAAAUACAUGCGGAUUCAAUUGAAUGCUAGUGACAAAUACACAGUUAUAGGUCUUAAACCAUUAACGUUAAGGUCAAUCUUUGAAUAACAAUUUCAAGAGCUCAAUGACACAACAGACCAAACCACACCAUGUCUGUGAAUAACUCGUUUUCUGUAGCCGGGCAACUAUCUACACCACGUAAACCGCUGUACGUGUCAAGUAUUGUUUAGUAACAUAAAGAUAAACAAGGGAUAUAAUGUACAUAUUGACCCUUAGGUAACAAGGUCAAAGACCGCAAGGUCGUCGCGCGGCAACUACAAUCACGAGACAAUCAACGUUCCAUCGAACAUACAGUAGCAACCACAGAAGCAACGUUCUAUCGAGCCAGCUCAAGCCUUACAACAGGCACUAAAGCAACCACCGAUCUUGGCACUAAAUUGUAGUUUUGUGAGUUCUCCCAAUAAAGCGAGGUCAUUCCACA